CGGCCCCCAUGGUGCGGCACGGGGUCUUCCUGGCGCGGAGAGUGCCUCUGCCUCACCUCUCCCUGGCAGCCCCUAUAGAAAAGCAGCACAUACACUCCUGCUCACACUUCUUCAGGAGCAGCCAUUAAAUAUCAACGUGAGGUCACAAGUUGGCUACCUGAAGUUUUCUGAGGAUGAACUGGUUGGCCUAGCUGGUAAAAGGUGUCUGCUUUCUGCAGCAUACGUGGACAGCCAGAAAUGGGAAGCAAGAGAAAAAGAAGAUUGUCACCUCGCUGAUCUGGCAUCUUUAAUGGAUAAAACAUACGAGAAAAAGUUGCCUGUUAGUUCUUUAACAAUAUCACGGUUUGUGGACAACAUUUCAUCUCGAGAAGAGAUAGAUCAUGCAGAAUAUUACCUUUACAAAUUCCGGCACAGCCCCAAUUGCUGGUACCUGAGAGACUGGACUAUCCACACCUGGAUUAGGCAGUGUCUAAAAUAUGGUGCACAAGACAAGGCCUUAUAUACCCUUGUAAAUAAGGUUCAAUAUGGAAUUUUCCCAGAUAACUUUACAUUCAAUUUACUGAUAGAUUAUUUCAUAAAGAAAGAAAAUUACCAAGAUGCUUUAUCCGUAGUUUUUGAGGUCAUGAUGCAAGAAGCCUUUGAAGUACCUUCCACCCAGCUUCUCUCCCUCUAUGUUUUAUACCACUGCCUGGCAAAGAAGACAGACUUCACUUGGGAAGAGGAGAGGAACUUCGGUGCAUCCCUGUUACUCCCAGGCCUAAAGCAGAAGAACUCAGUGGGUUUGAGUUCCCAGCUGUAUGGCUAUGCACUUCUGGGGAAGGUGGAACUGCAGCGAGGGCUGCGGGCUGUGUACCACGACAUGCCUCUGCUGUGGCGACCAGGCUACCUUGACAGAGCCCUUCAGGUGAUGGAGAAGGUGGCCUCCUCCCCAGAAGAUGGAAAGCUAUGUAGAGAAGCGCUCGACGUGCUGGACAGAGCACUGCAGGCUCUGACGGCUCCGGCCCAGGAGUCCUCAGAGGAACAGCCCCAAGGAGGGGAGGACAGCCAGGGCCCAGAAGAGCUGGUGGAGCAGUUGGACGUGGAAGAAACCGAACAGUCCAAGCUUCCCCGCUACCUGGAGCGAUUUAAGGCCUUACACUCCCAGCUUCAGGCUCUGGGCAAAGUUGAGUCAGAGAAUCUUUUGACUCUAACCACCCAGCUCAUCAAAGACCAGCUGCCCGCCUGUGAAGCAGAGGACAUUGCCACCUACAAGCAGAAGCUGCAGCAGUGGCAUCGGGAUUUGUUGUACUUGAUUCAGCGGGAACAGGAGUUCAGGGAGAAGGCGAAGCAGGAGCACCUGGCUCAGCAAGCAGCAAAGGCGGCUGCCUAACCGGGCCCCACAGCCCAGCCCCACCACAGGGACUUCACCAGCCCCAUCAUGGGUUCACUGUGACCGUGAUGGCAGCCUCAGCCUCCUCCAUCCGCCUUCUCCUUCUGUAAGCCGUCCACCUGUGCGAGGAACACCGAGAUGUUCUACAGACAGAGGCCUUGUGUCUGCCCGUGCAGGUUGCCCACUUUUAGUUCCAGAGGCUGUGGAACUAGGAAAGCAGUCAGACUGCAGCCACCAGCUACCUCGGAGCUCCUGACAGGGGCCAGGGUUCAGGUAUCCAGUCUCAAGCACAGGCUUUCGAAUGGUCUCUCUCCCCCCACCCGAGGCAAACUGCACGUCCUGGGACUUCAGUCCCUUCUCCUCUCUGGGGCAGUCUCCACAUUCUCCUUCCCUGUGUCUCACCCAGACCUGAACUGGGAGAAGGUCAGUCAAUGGCUUUCAAAUUGCAGGCACCUCUGUGGCAUUUUAGAAUGUAAGGACUCUUGAGGAGAAAGCUAGUCUCCUUGGCUGGGAGCUUCUCCAUCAUGUUGAGGUACCUUUUUCCAACCCAUUGUCUCAGCUCCUUCAUUAAGUAGGUCAGAUGAGCCUUUUGUGUGCACACACACAUACACCCACCCACCCACCCCCCCCCACACACACACACACAGGCUUGUGAACACACAUCUCAGUCAGAGAAGUUGCAGAAAAUCUGGGACAGCGUGGGCUUCCAGUGCAUGGGAGAAUGGGUAAUUAUCAAACCCUCGGGAGGCCAACAUUCCUGAAGUUUCUCUGUGAAAGGGGUUGGGGUAGCUCUUGCUUGCUGUGUAAUUUUGCCUUUAAGAGCAGUGUACUUCUAUUCUGGAUUGCGGUCUUUUAUCAAGAACCUGUGGAAAUAAAUGUUCUUGGAUUCUUUUGUUGGA